UGAGCUCGCUCCGUAAUGGGGAAGACUGGCUGGGUGACCAGCAGGAGACCGAGGUGAAUUACACACACACACACACACACUCACAUUUACUUAACUGUGCACAGACUCCGCUGUCGCCACGCACGUUGCACCGCCAUUUGCGUCACUCCCUUACAUGUGAAGAGCGCGAAGGGGUGUAUAACAAAGAAUGAAGCGACGAGGGAUUACAAUCUUUGAUGCUGGGAUGCUGUGGUCUGCGCUGUUGGUGUUGCUGCUGAAAGGGAAGGCGUGGUCGUGGGUAGCGGUGCCUCAUGUUCCUGCCUGGCGAUCUCCUGAAAACUUUAUUCCUCCCUCUACAGUUCCUCACUCCCUUCCCCGAGCCCCUCACUCCUUCAAGUUGUCACCACCCAUCACGUUGCCUCGCCAUCCACCACCCGCACUGCCCCAAGCAAUACUCUCCUCUCUCGCCACCCUUCUGGAUCCCAUCAGCCUUCUCUUCAGCAAGGGCGAGGACAGGGUAGGAGCGGCAGGGGAAUCAGGAGAGAAUGAGGGCUACUCCACCGCCACUACCGCCCAGCCGCCUCCCUUCGUGUACUUCCCCGAAGGUCAUGGGAAGUGUCAGGACUUUGCCCCUGCUGGUUUCAACGUCUACAGCUUCCUCUCCUUCAUGUUCGCUGUCGCUAAUCUUGUGGGCCUUGUGGCCAACAACGUCAACAACAACCUCAACAACGACAACAACAACAACAAUAACAACAACAAUAACCUAGACAACAUCAACUUGGCCGACAGCAACAGCAACAUCAACAACGACAACACUGUAGACAUUCCCGCGGCGAAGAGCAAUCAACGACGACGACGACGACGACAACGACGAACACAAUGGGUGAAAGAGAAUGUGGUUAAGGAAGAGACUGGAACAGAAGUGUCCCUGGUCGCCAUGGACUUCAUAAAGAGUCUGAGGACAGCUAUGGUAGUGUCUGACUCUGCCUGCUCCCUCAGAAACAUGUGCGAGGUGAACAGGGCUGCCACAGGACGCGGGGAGACGGGACGCGUGUUGGCGGAGGUGCUCAGCACCAUAACCAGCACCCUGCCUCUCAGCCUGGCUCUGGUGGAGUGGUAUCCUCGUCAUCCCCCUCCUGCUGGUGCUACGGCUCUCCUCUUCGCGGCGAGGACCGGUCGGAGCAGGAAAGAGUGCAGCGCCACCCAUCCUGACUGUUCUGACGCCACCUGGCACCACCUGACUGAUGACCCGACGGAAGACACUCUGACGGAGACGCUGACGAUGGCGUUGACAAGUGAUGGUCUUGAGGGCUUCCCAGAUCUUGCGAGUCUGAUACACCUGUCUCCAGUUCCUUCCCCAUGCAACACUUCUUGGAACAAUGACAAAGAAACGCUCUAGUGUUGCAGUGUUUUUUUUUCUAAUAAGUUUAGUUGCAUUAUCCAAUUGUAUGUGGGGAAGAAACGUCUUGAUCGCUAGGUAAGUUAUACGACGUGACGUGACGUGACAUAAGUGAUGUUUUGAAAGGAAGUGUAUUGUAUUGUAAUGACGAGUUUUAUUCAGUAGACUAUGGUAGUAGUAGUAACUAGUAGUAGUAGUAGUAGUAGUAGUAGUAGUAGUAGUAGUAGUAGUAGUAGUAGUAGUAAUAGUAGUAGUAGUAGCAGUUGAAGGAGAAGAAUUUUCUUUUUUUGCAUUUUCAGAAAUAGUCAUUGGGUGAUCUUCCUUGCCUGAUCUCUAAAUAUGAUAAUUAAUGAUAACGAUGAGGAUGUAAAAUAGUAAAUAAACACUUGUAAUACCUACAAAAUCCUGCCACAAAAUUCAUUGUUACGGGAAGUUAAAAUGCAUGCAAGCGAGUAGGAAAAUUGCAAACUUUUUAAAGCUGAUGUAGAAUGUCGAGUUUCUCCGCAAAAUAGUAGCGGGUGGAGGAGAGAGGGGAGGGAGUGUGUUUUACUGUUAGAUGUCAGUGGUGCAGCGGCAGUGGAAGUGGGUGGAGGCGCGCCGCCUGCUGCUGGAGCCUCACAUUGACACACUGCCUCUGUUGUUGCUAUUGUUUGUGGCGGCUUCAGGCAACCUCGUACACACACAGUGGCAUGGAAUUGUCCUGCGGCGCUCCUUCUAAACAAUGACACGCUGGAGGGGCAGUCACUGAAUCAAGUCACUCUUCACAUUACCAAGGCCAACUCACGUUUCAUUACCACGUCAGUAGCUCGAUAGCAUCACAGUAUGUCUAUAUCACUUGGCAUCUCAGCGUCUACCCUUGUUUCCUGGCACCUCGGGAUCGCCGGCGCCUCCUUCAGCUCGCUUUCCGAGGAGCAGCCCGAUUUUGCGGUGCUCAGAAGAAAUCCUGGAGAAGGUGGCCUGAUUAAGGACGUUGCUCGAAGACAUGCUGGGAGGAAGCAAAGAGGAGAUGGCGAUAGGCUUGGACUUACACAGGGAAAAGAACGAGCCGAGGCUGAUCAACACGAUGGACGCGAAGUGACG